AAAUUAGCAAACAUUGAAUGACAGUGACACUCGAGAAUUGAAUCCCAGGUCGUUGAUCUUGGCUUAAACAAGGAACCAUGAGCCCAACGAAAUAUGGGCUCCUGAUAUUUGUAACGCUCCUGACCCGAUGUAACGGAGCUACUACACAGCUGCUUCACGACUCUGAUAUGGAGGCCCCGGAUCUCAAUCAGAGCUGGAAGUGCAAUGCACCAUGCACACUGACACACAGUAACGACGCACACACGGGCAAAUCCAGCGUCCUUGUCACAAACCGCGGCGGCUUUAAUGACGGCCUCUUGCAGACAGUUCAAUUAACGCCUAACGGACGUUAUAACUUCUCGUUCUACAUCAAAUUGCUGAACCUCACCACCGGGAACCUGUACGUUCUGGUACAAGCCAUACUGGCAUGCCCUCACGCAAGCUGGACUAAGUUUGGCGUGGAACGAUAUACUCGCCUCAAUCAAUGGACGAAAGUAGGAGGAGUUGCGCAUUUGCCUGCAGAUACGAGAGGAUGUUUUAUUCGAGUUCAAGUUGCGGACCUCAACGCGGAUCACGUGGUUGAUGACGUCAGUCUUGUUGCCGUGCCGGAUAUCAAAGACUGGAGAGCACAGGCAAAUGAACGCAUUGAGAACAUCAGGAAAUCCAAUAUCACCAUAAGGCUUACAGGAGCCGAACUGAAUGCAAAUUACGAGAUUGAGGUAUGUAAACUUAAUAAUGGAUACACGCAUUACGUACCGUAGCAGCUAUGUAUGGCUUCUUUUUGAACGUAUUUCUUGCAAAAUUAGAAAAACGCGUAUCGCACUCUUUCUAAAUCAGGAUACAUUCCUGAAACGAUAGUUCAUCCCAAUCAAAUUUACCUUACAAAAAAUGUGCCAGAUUGAUGUUGGUAGAAUUCUAUUUCUUCUUCUAGAGUAUAAACCUUACGGCCGAUACUAAAUUAUUGUUAAGAUUAUCGAAUGUAAACAAAUGUCAAUAACAAUACAAUUAAAUAUAUGUAGCUCACAACAUGACCAGGCUAAUAUUGAUUAUGGAUAUGGUCAAUGAAUAUGUGUGUUGCACUGGGCUUACAUCCUCAUUCUA